AUUCCCCACCCCUCCACCCACUCCAGAAGCUCCCGUCCUCCACCCCGACCGCCGGCAAAGAAAAAGGGGGAGGGAGGAGGAUGGGGAUGCGGGAGUGGCCGCUGCCUCGCCUGUAUGAGGUCCUCCACGGCGAAGAGCGCGACCGGUGGCCGCCGGAGGCCAGGUUCCUCCAAGCCGCCCACAACGGCGACGUCCGCGAGAUCAAGUAUAUUGCAAAGGAGCUGGACGUGCAGGGGCACGGGAUCCGGACGACCGUGGCCAACACCACCUACAUGGGCAUGAACGCGCUACACGCCGCGGGCGGCGGCGGCAAGCUGCCGAUCUACCGGUAUCUUGUUGAGGAGGUCAAGAUGGAUGUCGACAUGCCUGACACCGCUCAGGAGUUUACGCUCGUGUCGCAUGCCAUCAUGUAUGGCCACCUUCCUGCUGUCAGGUACCUUCUGGAUCAUGGCGCUGAUCUGCAUCAGCGACGUGGAAAAAUCACCCUUCUUCAUAUGGCUGUAGUUCAUGGGUACUAUGAAAUAGUGAAGUUUCUUCUUGCGAGGGGAGCUAAUGUCCAUGCUAUGUCAGAACUUGGGACACCACUCAUGGAUGCUACUCUUAGAGGAUUUCCUAGUAUUGUCAAGAUCCUUUUGGAGCACAAGUCAGAUCCCAACAUUGUUACUCGUAUACUUGGACCUUUAAACAUGGCAUUAGACAAAUCUUUCGUGUCCUGUGUGAAGCUAUUGAUUCAGGGUGGAGCUAAUGUGAGCGGUGUUUUUCCUUAUUAUGAUCCUUUGCUGACGGCUGCAGAAAAGGGCUUAACUGAAGCUAUUAAGUGCUUGUUGGAAGCUGGUGCAAACCCAAAUGUUUUUGACAGGUUUGGUAGGUUGCCAAUAGAGUUGGCUGUUGAGUAUGGUACACGGGAAGACGUUGAGCUUCUCUUUCCUUUCACCUCUCCUGUUUCAACUGUGGCAAAUUGGAGCGUUGAUGGAAUCAUUAGUCACGUGGAGAUGGAAAUCAAGCAACUUGAGGAUGACAAUUUUGUGAAAAAGAGGAUGUCCGAGCUGAAACUCCAAGCAGAUGAAGCAUUUAAGAAGCAAAGUUAUCUAAAUGCAUCAGUGCUCUACACACAGGCACUGAAGAUGGAUAACUUCGAUCCUAAGUUGUUAUCAAACAGGAGCCUCUGCUGGCUUCGCAUGGGUGAUGGACAAAGGGCUUAUGAUGAUGCAACUGAAUGCAAGAUAAUUUGCCCGAAGUGGGCAAAGGCGCACUAUCGGCAAGGAGCAGCUCUAAUGUUCAUGAAGGUAUAUGGUGGAGCUUAUGAAGCACUCUCGCGUGCUUUAGAGUUGGACCCAGAAAACAAAGACAUUGAGAAAUUAUUCAGGAAGGCGAUGGAACUGAAGUGAUCAUGCCCUGCAUGCCCGCUGCAGAGAGAAGCUCACGCUAAAUCUCAAGCUCUUUUUUUUCUUUUGCAUUCUCAGACAAAAGCACUGAACUUCGAAUUAUGGCGCCCUCUGUUUUGAUGUAAUCCAUGGACAAUAGCAGCAGCAGCAGCAGCUUACAGGAAAACAUGUUUCUGACUAGUGGCUACUUAUUUUGAGUUUUAUGAAACUCACAUCCUGUUCUGUAUGGAAGCGUGGCAGCAGUGGUGGUGAAUUGAAUUGGUUAUUGCUGGAGUGAAAUGUUUGGCAGAAGAUCAUGCUACUUUGCAUUGCCAAUUCCUGCACGU